CCACAUUUUGUUUUCUUCUCCCGAACUCUGCCAGCUCCUCCCGCUACAGUUCCAUCCCGGCACGGCACGCUAUUUCCACUCUUUCCCCCUUUCCUUUCUCUCACUCCAUCACUUCUCUUCUUUUUCCUUCCAUGAAGUCUUCACAAUUUUGAUUCAAUUUGGGGCUUCCACUCUCCCUCUCUCUUGCUACCAUGGCAGCGCAAAAUGAUCAGCUGGACAGCAGCUUCAACGACCUCGAUUACCUCUCCGGAUUCGGCAACUCCCUGGAGUCCGAGGCGAUCGCCGGAGCUCUCCCCCGGGGCCAGAACAGCCCUCUCCUCUGCCCUUACGGCCUCUACGCCGAGCAAAUCUCCGGCACCUCCUUCACCGCCCCGCGCAAGCUCAACCACCGGAGCUGGAUGUAUCGGAUUAAGCCGUCGGUCACCCACGAGCCCUUCGCCCCUCGAUCCCCUUCUCACGGGAAGCUGGUCAGCGAGUUCAACGAUUCCAACAGCGUCACCACCCCGACCCAGCUCCGGUGGAGGCCCGUCGAUAUCCCUGAUGGUCCUACUGACUUCGUUGAUGGCUUGUUCACUGUCUGCGGUGCUGGCAGCUCCUUCCUUCGCCAUGGAUAUGCUAUUCACAUGUACACUGCGAAUAAGUCAAUGGAGAAUUGUGCCCUCUGCAAUGCUGAUGGCGACUUCUUGAUUGUGCCGCAAAAAGGAAGGUUGUGGAUCACCACAGAAUGUGGGAAGUUGCAUGUCUCACCUGGUGAAAUUGCCGUAUUACCUCAAGGAUUCCGGUUCUCUGUAGAGAUGCCUGAUGGUCCAUCACGUGGUUAUGUUGCUGAAAUUUUCGGUACCCAUUUUCAGCUUCCUGAUCUUGGGCCAAUAGGUGCCAACGGUCUUGCUGCUUCAAGGGAUUUUCUUGUCCCCAAGGCCUGGUUUGAAGACGGUAUGCGUCCAGGGUACACUAUUGUGCAGAAGUAUGGAGGAGAACUUUUUACUGCUAAACAAGAUUUUUCACCCUUCAAUGUAGUUGCUUGGCAUGGUAACUAUGCACCAUACAAGUAUGAUCUCAGUAAGUUUUGCCCUUACAACACAGUUUUGGUUGACCAUAGUGACCCUUCAAUUAAUACAGGCAUUGUUCCAGUUCUGACUGCACCUACUGACAAACCGGGUGUGGCGUUGCUCGAUUUUGUCAUUUUCCCUCCAAGAUGGUUGGUCGCGGAGCAUACCUUUCGACCUCCAUAUUACCAUCGCAACUGUAUGAGUGAAUUUAUGGGUCUGAUUUAUGGAGGAUAUGAGGCAAAAGCAGAUGGUUUUCUCCCUGGUGGUGCAAGCCUCCAUAGCUGCAUGACUCCUCAUGGCCCAGACACCAAGACUUACGAGGCCACCAUUGCCCUUGGGGAUGAAGCAAAGCCACAUAAAAUCAUCAAUACUAUGGCUUUCAUGUUCGAGUCUUGCCUCAUGCCCAGAAUCUGCCUAUGGGCUCUCAAUUCCCCCUUCAGGGAUCAUGAUUACUACCAAUGUUGGAUUGGACUAAAAUCUCACUUCAAACUCGAGGACGCAGCAGUACAGAAUGCACAGAUUUGAGCUCGAACGAGACUUACAUUGGUGUAUCGUUGUAAUAAGGCGCUAAGACAGGCAAACAGAAAGUCUCUGUAAUUGCUCUUUGUAAAGAUAUCCAUGUUUGCGUGCGUGUAUAUAUUGUUUGGUAAGUAACCCACAUGUUGUAAAUUAAUGCAUACUCAGAAGAUGAUUGAUUGUAUUUAGAAUUAAGGACCAUUUGGGGCGAUGAAAGUGGCAAGAACCAUAUGAAGACAAGAUAC